GCAUACUGCCCAGCCAAGAUGGCUGACAGCAUCCCGUUAAAUCCAGUGCGGAAGAACACGCAGAGAAUCCCGUAUUAUAACUCCGCCAGGCUUUCAAGAUACUCUUCAGAAGAUGACCCCUCCAACUUGGACGAGAUGCCUCUGAUGAUGUCGGAGGAAGGCUUCGAGAACGACGAGAGCGACUACCAGACGCUGCCCCGGGCCAGAGUCAACCAGAGGCAGCGGGGCCUGGGCUGGUUCCUCCUGGGGGGCUGGAAGGUGCUCUGUGGCAGCUGCUGCGACUGCCUGGCUCACAUCUGUCGGAGGAAGAAGGAGCUGAAGGCCCGGACGGUCUGGCUCGGCUGCCCCGAGAAAUGCGAAGAGAAGUACCCCAAAAACGCCAUCAAGAACCAGAAGUACAACCUCUUCACCUUCGUGCCUGGGGUUCUCUACCAGCAGUUCAAGUUCUUCCUCAAUCUCUACUUUCUGGUGGUGGCCUGUUCCCAGUUUGUGCCGUCGCUGAAGAUCGGAUAUUUGUACACGUACUGGGCGCCUCUGGGCUUCGUGUUGGCCGUCACGAUGGUGCGGGAGGCCGUGGACGAGGUGCGACGAUAUCAACGAGACAAAGAGAUGAACUCUCAGCUCUACAGCAAGCUGACGGUGAGAGGGAAAAUUCAAGUGAAAAGUUCCGACAUCCAAGUGGGAGAUCUGAUCAUCGUCGAGAAGAACCAAAGGAUCCCUGCAGACAUGAUAUUCCUGAGAACGUCUGAGAAAAACGGUUCGUGUUUCAUCAGAACCGACCAGCUGGACGGAGAAACCGACUGGAAGCUGAAGGUGGCCGUCGGCUGCACCCAGCGGCUGCCUGCCGUGGGGGACCUCUUCUCCAUCAGCGCCUACGUCUACGCCCAGAGGCCUCAGCUGGACAUCCACAGCUUCGAGGGGAACUUCACCAGGGAAGACACAGACCCACAGAUCCAUGAGAGUCUGAGCAUCGAAAACACUCUGUGGGCCAGUACAGUUGUUGCAUCUGGCACCGUGAUAGGGGUGGUGAUCUACACGGGCAAAGAGACCAGGAGCGUACUGAACACGUCCUUUGCCAAGAACAAGGUGGGUCUGCUGGACCUGGAGCUGAACCGCCUCACCAAAGCCCUGUUUCUGGCCCAGGUGGUCCUGUCCGUCGUCAUGGUAGCGCUGCAGGGGUUCGUGGGUCCGUGGUUCCGCAACCUGUUCCGAUUCGUCGUGCUCUUCUCCUACAUCAUCCCCAUCAGCUUACGUGUGAACCUGGACAUGGGGAAGUCGGCCUACGGCUGGAUGAUCAUGAAGGACGAAAACAUUCCCGGCACCGUGGUGAGAACCAGCACCAUCCCCGAAGAACUGGGCCGGCUGGUGUAUCUGCUGACGGACAAGACGGGAACUCUGACGCAGAACGAGAUGAUCUUCAAGCGGCUGCACCUGGGGACGGUUUCCUACGGGACGGACACCAUGGACGAGAUCCAGAGCCACAUCAUCCAGUCGUACGCACAGGGGACUUCCCAGCCGUCCAACGGCAGCGUCAGCGGCGCCACGCCGUCACGGAAGACCCAGACGUCGGGCCCGAAGGUCCGUAAGAGCGUCAGCAGCCGCAUCCACGAGGCCGUGAAGGCCAUCGCUCUGUGCCACAACGUCACGCCCGUCUACGAGUCGCACGGCAUCGUGAACGGAGAGACGGAGUCCGCCGAGGCCGACCAGGACUUCAGCGACGACAACCGAACGUACCAGGCGUCCAGCCCGGACGAGGUGGCGCUGGUUCGCUGGACGGAGAGCGUCGGCUUGACCCUGGUCAACAGAGACCUGGCCUCCCUGCAGCUGAAGACUCCCUCCGGACAGAUCCUCUCCUUCCACAUCCUGCAGAUCUUCCCCUUCACCUCGGAGAGCAAAAGGAUGGGCAUCAUUGUGCGGGAGGAGUCGACCGGAGACAUCACGUUCUACAUGAAGGGUGCAGACGUCGCCAUGGCGAGCAUCGUCCAGUACAACGACUGGUUGGAAGAAGAGUGUGGGAACAUGGCCAGAGAAGGUCUGAGGACUCUGGUCGUAGCCAAGAAGUGUCUGUCUGAGGAGCAGUAUCAGGACUUUGAGAACCGCUACAACCAGGCGAAGCUGAGCAUCCACGACCGAGGGCUGAAGGUGGCGGCGGUGGUGGAGAGUCUUGAGAGGGAGAUGGAGCUCCUGUGUCUGACCGGCGUAGAAGAUCAGCUGCAGGCGGACGUUCGGCCGACGCUGGAGCUGCUCCGAAACGCUGGCAUUAAGAUCUGGAUGCUGACCGGAGACAAGCUGGAGACGGCGACGUGCAUCGCUAAAAGCUCCCAUUUGGUCUCCAGAAACCAACACAUCCACGUCUUCAAACCGGUCUCCAACAGAGGAGAGGCCCAUCUGGAGCUCAACGCCUUCAGAAGGAAGCACGACUGCGCUCUGGUCAUCUCCGGAGACUCCUUGGAGGUGUGUCUGAGGUAUUACGAGCACGAGUUUGUGGAGCUGGCGUGUCAGUGUCCGGCCGUGGUCUGCUGCCGCUGCUCGCCGACCCAGAAGGCCCAGAUCGUCCGGCUCCUCCAGCAGCACACCGCCAACAGAACCUGCGCCAUAGGUGACGGAGGAAACGACGUGAGCAUGAUCCAGGCUGCAGACUGUGGUAUCGGCAUCGAAGGAAAGGAAGGGAAGCAGGCGUCUCUGGCUGCAGACUUCUCCAUCACUCAGUUCAAACACAUCGGUCGCCUGCUCAUGGUUCACGGCAGGAACAGCUACAAGCGCUCGGCGGCGCUCGGACAGUUCGUCAUGCACAGAGGCAUGAUCAUCUCCACCAUGCAGGCCGUCUUCUCCUCCAUAUUCUUCUUCGCCUCAGUGCCCUUGUACCAGGGUUUCCUCAUGGUCGGGUAUGCCACUAUUUACACCAUGUUCCCUGUGUUCUCUCUGGUUCUGGACCAAGACGUGAAGCCUGAGAUGGCUCUGCUCUACCCAGAGCUUUACAAAGACCUCACCAAGGGGCGUUCGCUGUCCUUCAAGACUUUCCUUAUCUGGGUUCUGAUCAGCGUCUACCAAGGUGGCAUCCUCAUGUACGGCGCUCUGGUGCUGUUCGAGUCGGAGUUCGUGCACGUGGUCGCCAUCUCCUUCACGGCGCUCAUCCUGACCGAGCUGCUCAUGGUGGCGCUGACCAUCCGGACCUGGCACUGGCUCAUGGUGGUGGCCGAGUUCUUCAGCCUGGGCUGCUACCUCGCCUCGCUCGCCUUCCUCAACGAGUACUUUGACUUGUCUUUCAUCACGACUUGGCCUUUCCUGUGGAAGGUUUCCGCCAUCACGCUGGUCAGCUGUCUUCCUCUCUACAUAAUCAAAUACCUGAAGCGCAAGUUUUCACCGCCGAGCUACUCCAAACUGUCCUCGUGAGCCGAGCCGGGGAUCAUCAUGUCGGCCGGUUCUGUAGCUCGGUGCUUCUCUGAGGGUUUCUACUUUCAGCACUUUUUUUUUCUUUUUACUCACUGAUGGAACCACUGGAACAAUCAGAGACCGGGAGGAAUCUUUGGGUUUUUUGUCGCUGAGAUUACUUGAAAAGAUGGAGCACAUAAUUUAAAAAAAAAACAAACUGCACAAACAUGGAUUUACUCGCGGCUGCACUCUGAAGGCCUGAGAACACUUGACCCGGUUUUGUGGAAGAGGGUCGAUCUGCCUUCGUUUGUUUUAAAGCAUUUAGACAAAAUCGGCUCCGAGCGUCGUUUUAUACGGUUCGGAUGCUUUUCUUUGGAUUUUUAUAAGUGGUGUUUUUUUUAUUUCUUUCUUACAGGUGUUGGACAGUGUUGAGUUGCUCUAAGGGACAAAAGAUUUCACGUUUUCCUGCGUUACUGUAAAUAAAGCCUUUACAUGCAGCUGCGGUUGCGGUCGAUGUGAACCUCGCCGUGUUCAGACGUGCAUUAACCAAAAGAAAACACUGUUCAUCUGCAGAAUCUUCCUGAGACCGGCUUCGGAGUGAACGUCCGCCGUCCUUUACGUUUUUCCAGCCGGUCCGGCGUCUUCGUGGUAUAGAACCAGCACUUCAUAGCGACAUUUUGCAUAUUUGGCCUUGAUUGUACCGCCUAGCUCUACCUUCACGAUGUCUGUCGGUGGCCGCCGGCGCUCCUGUCGGGCGGCGGCUUCGCUUUGUGCCUCAUUACGACGUACGUUCAUGCAUUGAAGCAUCUGAUGUCAAACAAUCACAGGCGUUUUGUUUUUGAAACCUGCUGCUUUGUUCUUGAAAAACUCAAAAAGUCACAACGAAGGAUCCAGAAACACUGGCGGCUGAGUAUUUUUAGGCCUUUUUUUUGACAAUGUAUGACUCCUUCGGGCUUCUUGUGGACUCUUUCUAAGGAGGAAUGAGUUUUAUCAUUCACUCCGUUUAGAUGUUAAGUGUGUUUGAAGGAAUAAAACUGAUCUUUAUAAAUGUACAAAGCAGAGCGUAGUUCAGCUGUGUUGAUUAGUCAGUUUGUCGUUUUGUUCCCAAUCAUAAUUGAGUUAAACUCAGGUCGAUCAUUCCUAAACUUUAGUUCUGUUCUGUUGUUAAAACUGCAGCGACGGCACUGCAGCAUGUAGCUGUAAGACGACGGAGGAGAGGAUCUGAGGGUUGAACCUCUGAAUGCUGAUUCCUGUCUUUUCUUGUGUUUGUUUCCUUUCCUGUGAACUUUGCUCUCCAUGUCGUACACUGCGAUUUCUAACAGUUGUUUAAAACGUUGUUGUUGAUGAACGAGGAAUAAAACGAGAAGGUUGAUGCCAA